UCAGUAAGGUAGCUCCAUCCGAAAGUUGAGGGAGGGACGUUGACAUUUGUCCCACCAUUCAACUCACAACACCUACUGGGCAAUAUGGCUAGCAUCCGACCGCUUAGAGCGCAAGGACUGGCUAGUUCUUUAGCUAGGAGCUCAAUUCGACCAGGCCAAUGCAGACUCAAUGCGACAUUUUUAUCACCAGCGUCGCCAGGACAAGUUCGAUAUAAAUCUGGUCCGUACGGAUAUACUCAAGCGAAGUCGCUGGUAUUUAGCGAACAUGGCGAACCGAAGGACGUCUUGAAACUACACAUGCACUCCAUCUCCCCAACCCUACCCGCCUCCUCCGUGCUCCUGCGCUCCCUCGCCGCGCCCAUCAACCCCGCCGACGUGAACAUCAUCCAGGGCACCUACGGCGCCAAGCCGACCUUCAGCACGGUCCUCGGCACCCCCGAGCCCUCCGCCAUCCCCGGCAACGAAGGCGCCUUCGAAGUCGUCUCCUCGUCCUCCCCGGACUUCCAGCGCGGCGACUGGGCCAUCCCCAAGAAGACCCAGUUCGGCACCUGGCGCACGCACGCCCUCGCGCCCGCCGACGCCCUCAUCCGGAUCGACAACAAGGCCGGCCUCAACCCCCUGCAGGUCGCCACCGUCGCCGUCAACCCGUGCUCCGCCUACCGCAUGCUGCGCGACUUCGUCGCCUCGGCCCCCGGCCCCCUGCGCGAGGGCGACUGGUUCAUCCAGAACGGCGCCAACAGCGGCGUCGGCCGCGCCGCCAUCCAGUUCGGCCGCCUGUGGGGGUACCGCAGCGUCAACGUCGUGCGCGCGCGCGAGACCCCCGAGGCCACGCAGCGCCUGAAGGACGAGCUGACGGCGCUGGGCGCCACGCACGUGGUGACCGAGGACGAGUUCCAGGCGCGCGAGUUCCGGGAGCAGCUGGCGGAGUGGACGCGCGGGGCGCGGGAGGGCGUGCGCCUGGGGCUCAACUGCGUGGGGGGCAAGAGCGCGUCGGCGAUGGCGAAGGCGCUGGGGAACGGGGGCACGAUGGUGACGUACGGGGGCAUGGCGCGGCAGCCGGUGGUGCUGCCGACGGGGCUGCUCAUCUUCAAGGACGUGCGGUUCGUCGGGUUCUGGCUGAGCCGGUGGGCGGACGGGGACCCGGUGUCCCGGGCGCGCACGGUGGCCGAGAUCCUGGACCUCGUGCGCCAGGGGAAGUUCCGCGACACCCCGGUCGUCGAGGUGCCCUGGCGCUGGGAGACGGACGUCCAGACGCUGAGGGACGCGGUGCAGGGCACGCUGGAGGGGUUUAGGCCUGGGAAGGGGGUUUUUGUGUUCCAGGAUACGUGAUGGCGAGAGCCCGGGCUUGUAUUGUAUUGUAUUCGGGACGACUAAGAACCUUCUAAUUGGUCUUAAAGAUCGGCCUGCUAUGAUGUUAUAAACAUCAUCCAGUAUAAAGUUCACUAGCUCGAAUUAAUAAGUAAAAAUGCUUAAAAUAUC